CUGAGCGCAUCAUCAAAAUAUGUGAGAGUGUUUCAGGUGAAGCGUGAAAUUGGCGAGGGAUCCUUCAGUGUCGUUUAUUCAGCCACUGAGAAAGCUGAUCUCCAUAGAGAAGUCGCGAUUAAGAUGUGCUUCAAAAAACAAAUUUUAAAGGAGAAGAGGGUGGCUUCUGUCCAUCGUGAGAAGUAUGUCCUUGCUCGGCUGUCCGACAAUGAACAUCAGCAUCCUUUUAUAGUCGGUUUGUACGCCACAUUCCAGGACCGGGACCAUCUGUACUUUGUACUAUCGUACGCCAAGUGUGAGUUUGUUUUUCGCUCGUAUUUUGAACCCCAAUUUUGA